AUGGAGGGCGUUUGUGAAAGGUGGGCCAGGUGGCCAUCCAGAGGCAUCCGAAAUUUCUGCCUGGAGGUCAACACUUCGGAUCUUGGCGCAGACAUUUCAGAGGUUCUCCUAGGAGGGGAGAGGCCCACGGCCACCGAAGCCCGAUGUGUUGUUCCGUCGCUGAUCUGUGGCCCCGUACACCUUCAGCUCUCAGCCAGCAAUGGGAAUGUCUUGGUUCAGGAGGCUGCCUUCACAGUGAUCGAAGCUGUGCUCUUCGGCAGCAUCGACAGCUCCGUAGAACUACUGGAUGGAGGCCUGGCAGUUCGGCGCAGCACCGGAGUCAACCAUGGGGUUUGCCUAUCUGCAAAGCCUCUCCGUCUGCAGAAUAUGGAGCGCAGAUUCCGCCUGCGUAUCGAGGAGAUGAGCAGCAAAGGUGGACUGAGAGCCUUGGCUGUUGGUUUCGCUGCUUUGUGCGAAGUAGAUCUGAUGCCAAGUGGUCAAGUGCGACCCAAGGACGCUUCUGACCUGAAUCGUGCAUGGCUAGUGGGCUAUGACCGAGGCGGAGCUUUGCUGUGCAGUCCGAAGAGCACUCAGAAGUUAACUUCAGGAUCCUGGCGACCAGCAACAGAUUUGCAGGUUGGUUCAGUGCUUGAGAUUCUUUUGCGUGAAAAUCAGAUCAUCAUCUACCAAGAUUGCAAGGCACGCGGUGAGGCUGUUGGGCUUCAGAUUUUAGAUGAUUUUAGUGGAUCUCGCAUGGUUUUGCCACUACAAGAAGCUUCAAUGGGCACCAAGCAUGAGAGCAUCGGCGAAAUCCAUCAAUUGUAUCCAAGUUCUAGACAGAGGCUGUUAAGAACCCAAGACAUGUUCAGGAUCAUUCAGGUCUUUUGCAGCACAGGCAUAAGAUUGGCAUUUUGUGAUGUUGUUUUCACUCAGAGAGGUGUCGCUCGAAGAUGGGAUACAUUGCACAUCACUGCGCAUCAUUCCAGUGCUUUUCGUGUGCUGCCAGGAACGCGCACGUUUGUUUGUUCAGGCCUCAGCUUAUCCAAACAUGACAGAGGAACUGGAAAGACGAAGAGUUGA